GUUAAGAUCGAUGCUGACACUCUCAUGCUAGGCUAGGGUUUCUGAUAAUUGCAAUUGCUUUGGCACACAGGAGCAGCAGCAGCAGCAGCAGAGAAGAAUAUGGCAUCCACCUCUGUCGCACUCUCAGCUCUCUCAAUCUCACCCUUUCUACCUCUCAACCCCACAGAAACCCAUGCGCCUUCUCUUCUCCCUCCCUUCCCUGCCACCUUCCCCCCUAUAACCUGACAACAUUUCUCGGCGCAAGGCUUUCUAUUCGAAUUCCGAAUGUAAAGCACAUGGCUUCCAAGCAUCGGACGGCCGUCGCCACCGUCCUCUUCAGCCUCCCAACAGCGAAGCCCGACAGGAUUUCUACUGGGAAAAGCCCCAAAUGGUCCGCCAGAGCGAUAAAGUCGUUUGCUAUGGCUGAAUUGGAAGCAAGGAAGCUCAAAUAUCCCAAUACAGGGACCGAAGCACUUCUCAUGGGGAUUUUGGUUGAGGGAACAAGCCUAGCUGCAAAGUUUCUUAGAGCCAAUGGAAUCACACUCUUCAAGGUUCGAGAUGAAACUGUAAAUUUACUUGGAAAAUCAGACAUGUACUAUUUUAGCCCUGAGCAUCCUCCAUUAACUGAACCAGCCCAGAGAGCCCUUGAUUGGGCUUUUGAUCAAAAACUAAAAUCAGGAGAAAAUGGGGAAAUAACAGUAACUCAUCUGCUUCUUGGGAUUUGGUCUGAAAAAGAGUCAGCAGGUUACAAGAUCUUGGCGUCCCUAGGUUUUGAUGAUGAUAAAGCUACAGAGCUUUCCAAAUCUAUGGAUAAGGAUUAUGAUCGCACCUUUAAAUAACGAGGCAAAAAUGCUUUUUCUUUUCUUUUUCAAACAAUCGCUUGCUGUCAAAUGCCCUCCUACACAGCCUCCAAAAGAUAUUGCUUCCUGGUGCUUUUAUUGAGGAAGUUCCUCUGCAUAUGGUGUGUUUCAGGAUUCACAAAUGAUUGUUCUUUGAUAUAAAUUUUGUAUUCGUUGUUUAAGGGAAUUCAUGGAAUUCAAAAAUUCCAUGCAGCAAUAACAUGUCGCCUAGUUGACUCUUACUACCGCAGGGGUUUCAAGAAAGAAAAGAAAAUUGAUUCACUUGUUUCUCUUUCAUUACUUUUUACCUUGCCUUGCUAAGCAUUCAGCCGCUUUCCAACAUCCUAUCUGCUUGUUUUCACACUUCCAUUGUAUUAUGAGAUCAAGAAACAGUCAUUGAACUUGUACAGUGAUUUUCGAGGUAUGGAUGUUUAUACUUCAAUUACUUAGAUCAAGAAACGUUCAUCGAACUUGUACAAUGAUUUUCGAGGUAUGGAUAUUUAUACUUCAAUUACUUUGAGGCGCCAUUUAUCCUUGUAUUAUGUGGUUUGAGAUGUGUGGCAGGUGCCAAGUCGGUUGAAGAAAUAGCUCAUUCAAAGUGCAUAAGCUUAAGAGGUUCGGAUGUUUUAAGUUUAAACUAUCUUUGUUUAAAAAUAUAUAAGUCAAGAUUUAACGGUUAAAGCAUCCAGACUAUUCAGUACUCCAGAGCAUCUAAAAAUUGCCAAAGGAAGGGCAAGGCGUUGCGUUGUGUCAUCAUCCAUGAGUCCAUCCAGUGCAGCCUUAAGUUGAGACGAAAUCUUAUUUACUCUAGUCUAAAACAAGACAAUGAAAUUGUACCUGUGGAAUUCCUCGGAAAAUAUCCGGCCUAGCAUUUGGCAUGGACUAUUCUUAAGAUGGGAUGGACUGCGUAGUGGGGUUUACUAUCUCGGUCACCGGGAUAACUUUUACAUUGUAUCAAUUUUGAAAAGCUAAAAAGAGCAAGGCCUGUAGUUUGUAGAAUUAACUAAUGACUCACUUUGAAUAUGUGAUUGCAGGGAAUUUAUAGCAGAAGUCCUUGAGGAAUGUUGAGUGUCUUGAUAAAACUGAGGUGUAAACCUUUUCCGCCUGCAGUUUUCAGUUAAUAAAUGGAAGGAUUGUCCGCCUCUUUGGUUUUAUGAUGCAUCAAAUCAAAGUUGAUUUAAAGCAGUGGACUGGAGUUUGUUAGGUGCCUGCGGUGGAUCUGGAGCAGUUUAUCCACCCAGGAAUGCACCUUCGUUUUAACAAUACAAAAUAACAGAUUUUGUGCCAGUUCAUGGGAACACAUUAUACAUGUAUGAUGAAGGGAGCAAAACCGUUAAAUGGAAUCGUCAAUUAUGAAUGUCAAGGCGUGAAAGAGAGAAAUUGCUUUUGCUAAAUACCAAGUUGUGGUGUGUGUGUGUGUGUGUGUUUUUUCUCUUGGAAACUGUAUUGUGUGUUUUUGUAUAGCUUUUUUGGGUUUUGCACACGUUUUUGUUUUUGAUUAUCAAAUUAAAUAAGUUAUGAAA